UCCUUUUUGGUUUGUGGGUAUAAUUCUGCCCCCCACUUGUCUUUGGGGGGGGGUAAUUUUGCCCCCCUAAUGCCCCCACUCACAUUUUGGGGGGGUUUCAGCCUCCUUUUGGGGUGAGAAAGGGUUAACCCUGCCCCCCCCCCUUACCUUUUGGGGAAUUUCUGCCCCUUUUGGGCAAUUUCAGCCCCUUUUUUGUCCGGGGGGGGCGUUAACUUUGCCCCCCCCUCAUGGAUAUAAGCGCCUCUCGCUCGGCUCCGCGGACAGGACGAGGGUGAGGAUGGUGCCGUCAGCCUUCCUCCUCCUCCUCCUACUCCUGGGGCCCCCCCGGGUUUUGGGGGGCCCCCCCUCGCCCCCCUCCGGCCCCCCCCUUCCCUGCGGGCUGCGCAGCAUCGCGGUGCGUGUACGGGAAUUGGGAUUGGGCUUCGGCUCCGAGGAGACACUGCUGUUCCGUUACUGCGGGGGGGGCUGCCCCGCGCCCCCCACCAACCACCGCCUGGCGCUGGCGCGGAUCGGGGGGGCCCCGGGGGGGGCCGCGGGGGGGCCCUGCUGCCGCCCCAGCCGCUUCGAGGACGUCGCCUUCCUGGACGAGAAACAGCGGUGGCAGCGCGUCCCGCAGCUCUCGGCCGCCGCCUGCCAGUGCCUGGGGUGACCCCCCCAAAAAAAGGAC